AUGUCGGCUACCUGCGGGAAAUCAGCCAUCAACGCGAUCGAGGGCGUCUGCGGCCGUCCGGGAUACAUUGUCGACAACUCGGAUUGUGGCAACGACCAGAACCAAUGCAACGCCAAGUACGGCAAGGACGGAUCGCGGUGGUGCGCCAGCGACGGCUACGGAUGCUGCAUGCGAAAAACCUUUGCCGAGUGCGGCAACGAUCUGUGCCCGUGGAGCCCGGGAUGCCAAGAGAUCGUCGGGCAACACUGCAUGGAUCCGGCCAACGUCACCAGCCCGCUCUGCCAAUCGUUCUGUUCGGUCAUCAACAACAAGCGCUUCUGCGACACGGCGAUGGAGACCUACUGCACCACCAGUGCGGGCCAAGCGGAUCCGCUGUGCUCGUGCAUCAACGCCGUGGCACGCGGAUCGCCGAUCCCCGGAUGCUUCGACGCGAUGUGUAGCGCCAGCGGCUACAAAAAUUUCGACCAAGCGACACAGGCGCAGCAGUGUCCGUCGUUUUGUGGAUCUAUCUUGGAAUGCCGUGGCGCAGGAACGUGCACGAUCGAUGACAACACGAUUGUCACGCAUUGCUUCAGGCAACAACAACAGCAGGCCGCACUCGAUCAAACAGCUGCUGGCAGCAAGAUGGCGCUCCCCGUGAUCGUCAUCAUUAUCGCCGUGGUCGUUCUGGUAAUCUUUGGCUUCUUCUUUGCGUCAUGA